AUGUUUCGAGUUAAAGAAGGGAAAUCGGAUGCUUUUUCGGGCAAUCAACUAAAGAGUACAGCAAUACCCGGCGGAACCAAUGGUGUACCAGCUUCUCAAUCGGUAGUCAUUACUGCUCAUGCAACCAGCAAUGCACCGGCAACCAGCGACAUACCGGUUACCAGCAACAUGCCAGUAACCAGCGACAUACCGGUUACCAGCAACAUGCCAGUAACCAGCGACAUACCGACAACCAGCGACAUACCGGUGACCAGCGACAUACCGACAACCAGCGACAUAUCGGUAACCAGCGACAUAUCGGUAACCAGCGACAUACCGUUAACCAGCAAACCGGCAACCAGCAAUGCACCGGCAAUCACCGACCAAGCAACAGCAUCUUCAACCACAAUUGGUGAGCUGAUGAACAGUUUACCAGCUUCUCAAUCAGUCAUUACUACUCAUGCAACCAGCGACAAACUGGCAACCAGCGACAAACCGGUAACCAGCGGCAAACCUGUAACCAGCUUCUCCUGCGACGGAAGAGCUGAUGGUGGGCUCUACCCCGACCAAAACGACUGUGGUAUGUACUACCAAUGCGAUCAUAGUCAACCCAAGCACAUGCGCUGCAACACUGACCAACACUUCAAAGUAACUGGUAGCGAGAUCGGUUAUUGCACGUGGCCAAAUAAUGCAAAUUGCAACUUUUAA